UGUUUCUUUUGUUUUCUUCUGUUUCAGCCAAACACGUGUGUUUUGGUUUGAGGGGACCGAGGAAAUAUAUUUUAGUUUUCUUUUGGAGGAUCAAAGCACGCUAAAUCACCAUGCCGAAGGUUCGCAGCACCCCGGGCAAGCCCCGAACCCAGGGAUUUAACCACUCAAAUCACUCGAUGAAUCCGGAGAGACCCAAGAGUGGGCUGAAAGGGGUAGCCCACCCCCGCACUAAGGGAACUAUUAAGCGGCUGCAAAUGUACCGCAAUUUCAAGGCCAAGCGCGAUCGAACAGGCAAGAUCCUUACUCCUGCUCCUUUCCAGGGUCGCCUGCCAGCGGGCACCAUGGCCAGGGUGGAGCCAACUCCCAAGUGGUUCAGCAACUCGCGUGUCAUAUCACAAACAGCGCUGCAAAAGUUUCAGGAUGAGAUCGGCAAGGCUGUCAAGGAUCCCUACCAGGUUAUUAUGAAACCUUCCCAGUUGCCAGUCACUCUUCUCAAUGAGGCGGCCAAAUACAAAAGGGUGCAUUUGCUCGACACUGAAAGCUUCGAUAGUACCUUCGGUCCCAAGAAGCAACGCAAACGGGUGAGCCUGAAGGUUAGAGAUCUGGAGGAUCUGAGCAAAGCAGCCGAUGAACAGGCCGAUAAAUACGAUAGCACUAAGGAUGUGGACCUGAUCCGCGAGGAUACCGGAGAGAAGAAAGCUGUUAGGGAUUGGGUCUUUGGUGCUGGCCAAAGUAAACGUAUCUGGAAUGAGCUGCAUAAGGUGGUCGAUGCAUCUGAUGUGUUGCUUCAGGUCCUGGAUGCCCGCGAUCCCAUGGGCACCCGUUCAAAAUAUAUCGAGGAGUUCCUCCGAAAAGAAAAGCCCCACAAGCACCUUUUCUUUAUCCUGAACAAGGUGGAUUUGGUUCCCGUCUGGGUUACCCAGCGUUGGGUGGCCAUCCUAAGCGCGGAAUAUCCGACGAUUGCCUUUCAUGCCUCCUUGCAGCAUCCCUUUGGAAAAGGUGCUCUCAUAAAUCUGUUUCGGCAGCUUGGAAAGCUGCAUUUGGACAAAAAGCAGAUUAGCGUGGGCUUCAUUGGCUACCCAAAUGUUGGAAAGUCUUCGGUUAUCAACGCCCUGCGCUCCAAAAAGGUGUGCAAUGUGGCUCCGAUUGCGGGUGAAACUAAAGUGUGGCAGUACAUUACGCUCAUGAAGCGUAUCUUCCUGAUUGAUUGUCCGGGCGUGGUGUAUCCCUCGGCUGAGACGGAUACUGAGAAAGUCCUUAAGGGUGUGGUGCGUGUGGAGCUGGUGACAAAUCCCGAGGACUAUGUGGAAACUGUCUUGCAGCGGGUGCGCCCCGAAUACAUCGCCAAAAACUAUAAAAUCGAUCAAUGGAACACGUCAACCCACUUCUUGGAACAGCUAGCCCAGAAAACGGGCAAGUUGCUUAAAGGAGGUGAGCCAGACGUCACGGUUACCGCUCGCAUGGUACUCAACGAUUGGCAGAGGGGUAAAUUACCGUUUUACGUGCCCCCAGAGGGAUUUGCAAUUCCCAAGUCCCAGGAGGGUAAGAAAGAAGAAGAAGAUGCCUCCGAAGAUCCAAACGCGGACGCCAAAUCCGAGGCACCUACGUUUGUUAGUGAGUCUGUAAAGAAGGCUCGCGAGUUCAAGCAAAUCCAGGACUUCCGAAAGAUCCGGGUUGGCUUGGAGUACGAGCAAAAGGAUGUACGUGAGCUCGAUCACAUUGACCUGGAGCUUCUCGAGCAGCAAAAGGCCGAGAGAGCAGCUCGCAAGAAGGCUCGUGCGCACAAUCUCGGCGACGCGGAGGAAGACUCAAGCGAUGGGGCCAGCGACUUUUACUCCGAGGAUGAGUACAACGAAGAUCUGCAGCGUGUGGUUCACAAGAAAGCCAAGGCAAAGAAGACACAGCAGCUUGCCAUCACGUCGUCUGGUAAAUUCCGUGUGGCUAAGGUACAACCAGGCGAUUCUGACGAUGCGGCGGGUAGCUCCGAUGACGAUGGCCCUAGCAGUGCCAAGGCUCCCCGACUGACUGCCAAACAGAAGCGCGCCCUGGAGCGCAGCCAGAAGCGCAAGAAAAUUGGAAGUAAUUUCUACGAGACGACCAACGUGAAAAAUAGGAAUCGAAACAAAAAAAAGGAUGCGUAACUUGAUAAGUUUACGUUCUAGGCUAUAUUUUCUGUUUUUUCAAAGGAAAGAGACUUCGUAUUAAGAUUCCCAUAAAAAUGUUUUAUCCUA